AUGGGACGAGGAGCAGGGGAAGUGGACAGUGGAUCUAAGAAGAAAAGAUGGAUCUCGUCGUACAAGGAUUACUGUGAUGUCAUUGUCCAUGGCUCUAGUGCGGUCAACAAUUGGAAAUGGCCUAAUAUCGAAGGCCCACACGAUUACAAGGGCAUCUUACCUCAUUCGGUCGCUUGGGACAUGAGCCUUAACUGGUCUGGGAAAAGCGUUGGGGUGAUUGGCACGGGGAGCUCGAGCAUUCAAAGGGUCCCAAAAUUUGCUGAGACAGCUAAGGACGUUACUGUCUUUAUGCGACAUCAUACUUCUAUUGCGUCUCAAAUUGAACAGAACAUUUCGAACGGAGAAGCGGAUCCGGAUGCGAUAGAGCCAAUGGCCGCUGGGAAGCACCAUUGUUAUCCUAUACCCUAG